ACUAGGAAGACAUACUUCAAGGAGAGGGGGGGGGGAGAGGUACCCACCGACAAAGUCACAGACCGCGCUGGGGACAGUCCAUGGAGAGAGAAAUCAAUACAUUCAAGGUGUUGUGCCUGAUCUGCUGAGCGUUUCUAGAAUCUUAUCUCUUCGUUCUGGACCUCCACCAUAUGCAGAUUUAACGAAGAUGAUGCUAAUUUUUAGAAGACCUUAAGGACACAAUCCUGUGACAAUGAACAAUAAUCACUAUAACAGCUCCCUGGCUGGUGGUGUAGGCAACACCAUCCACUCCUACCCACUCACCCUGGAGCAGAAAACUGCAUUUGCUUUUGUCGGCAUGUUAUUCAUUUUCCUGGGACUUCUCAUUGUGCGAUGUUUCCGCAUCCUCCUGGACCCUUACAGCAGUAUGCCAUCCUCAACCUGGGCAGAUGGGAUGGAUGGACUAGAGAAGGGCACCUUCGAGUAUGCCUUGGCAUGAAGUCAGCAUGUCUUGGAUUCUGGACCAAGUCUCCAUGUUGGGCUAUAAGUGCAGAGAUCUCCAAUGGUGGCACUGAAGGACCAGUGGAAUGAGGUUGGCACCAUCAAACAGUGGGCGUGCCAAGGAUUUGUCAUCCCUGCUUGGUUGAAGGGACAUGAUCUAAUGCAGAUUUAAUUAGUAAUUAUACGCACUGUAGUGUUCAAAUAUGUCACAACAAAAGUCUUUCUUUUGGGUUUCAUAGUUGGUUGCAGACUUUUGAUUUGGUCCAGGAGAGAUAUUUAUGCUAACUCAUUGUAAGCUAUGAAGUUUUAUAAAUGAGGACAUUGGGAGUGUAUUAACAUAUGAAGUUUGCAUUAUAGAUCAGCUAGAUUCUAAAGUCGGAGUAAUAUUACCAGGACGGGUGGUAAUGACCAUAGCAAAUUACCGUACAUACUCAAGUAAUAGAUGACCUCAUGUAAAAGUCGACCCUAGUUCUUCACAGAUGACAGAUGAAUGUUUAUGAGUCAGUGUGCUGGUCGUCACAUCCCGUUGCAGCUUUCCAGUCGGCCGGUUAUUCCUCUCCAUUCCUGGUCCUCCAGUCUGCUGGCUAUUGUGUUCCACUUCGAGUUUUCAGAAUUGCCACAAUUCUUUUUUUAUAUUCGUUUAGAGAUGAGUUGAGCUUCUGCUAAUGAUAACGUUACGAAUUUUGAUAGGCAUGAAUGUCAGCCCUUCAAAAAUAGUAUCCAUGUAAUAGUCGACCCCAUAAAUUUAACCUUAAAACAUGAUCAAAAAACUUUGACUAUUACUAUAUAUGGCAUAUUGUGCGAAUUAAGUUAGGGGUCCAGGUAAUUGUGGGUUAGACACAGCCAGCUGUAGUUCAGCAUAUUCUGUGCGCAGGUAAUUGUAAACUGAUCAGUCAGGUGUAUGUAAUCCCGUAUUUCAA